AUAAAAAGUCAAUAGUAAACAAAAUAGACAGCAUAGUCCCUUGCCAUCCCCUCAGAAAAGAUCUCCCAUCCACUGCUGUACCAGAAAUCCAUUCUGCUGGCCCUUGCUUUCCCUGUCUUGGAAAUGCCCUGGGAGUUAUGGGAAUAUUUUGCCAAUUAUGCCUCUCUAUACAAGCUUCUGCCUUAGGUUAUACGUAUGAUCUUGCGUCCUUAUGUGGGGGGUUACAUACAAGAAAGAGGAAUGGCUGUUCUAGCAGGACAAGAAGAAUUGACAAAAUUUCACAUCGAUCUAGAGUGGCUGCAAUUCAUUCAAUCUCAGUUCAAUCAAAAGCUUCUGAAGCCUUUGUGCAGCCUCUAAAGCUUCUACCAUCUACCCCAGCCAACUAUAGUCUGACAACUUCACUAGAAGAGGAAUUACACUCUUUAUCUGAUUUUUCUCAGACCCUUUAUAGAGUUGAAUUGAUUACAAGCAAUGAUUCCUCUUCAGAUUUGAGUGAUACAAAUGCUGGAAUCCUAGUCUGUAUAAUUGGGGAGAAUGGCAAUUCAAUCAUUCAAAGAUUUCCAGCUAUUUUGCCCACUUCUCAAGUGUUCUCUUCAGACAUGUCAGAGAUUGUACAACAAAACUGCAAUAGACUUCAUUUUCAGAGAGGCUCAGUGGAUGGUCUGACAUUCUGGGGACCUGACAUAGGGAAGCUUGUAGCUAUUUGGAUUGGUCCGGAGUCAGGUUCUUGGAGAUUAAGCAGGGUAAGUGUUCUGGUUAUACCUCCAAGUCAAAGGGUGGAUAUAAGAUCUGAUAAUUUAGAAAAACAAAAAUGUGAAAAUGUUGGAUUGUACUAUAUUUUCCAGACCAAUGAAGUUAUGCUUGGAGACGGUGGUGACUCAGCAGUUGAGCUGAGGGCUUCUAGAGUACAGGAAGUAUCUGGUAAUGACAUGUGGACAAUGUUUCAGAAUUCUAGUAUGCAUAGAACAAUGACAUCUUCUAAAGAUGCUGGAAAAUUACAACAAGAGAGUUUGAAAUAUUAUAAAGAUUUAAAAAUAUCCUUGCUUCUAUACAAUGCUAUACUCGUUGCUAGUGGCACACUCAUUGCAGCAAUUGCAGGCAACCAAGAGAUUUCAAAUGGGUUUGCAAUAGGUGGGACUUUUGGCUUUAUCUAUCUGCUACUGUUGCAAGGGGCCGUUGACAAAUUGCCUGGGCCUCCUUCCUUUGAGAGCCAGAGUUACCCAGGUUCUGCCAAAAAUAAUUCAUUAUUCCAGGACAAUGAUAUUAGUAGAGGAUCAAGGGUAGAAAAACAAGGCCAAGACAUGGACAUGGAAUAUUCAAACUUGUCGAGUUUAGAAACUAAAAAGUUUCAAGAUAGCUUUUCAGGAUUCAGGGGACCGCUGACAAGACUAUCAUGGAUUAUAGCAAUUUUGUUUCUAACAUCAAAAUAUGCGUCUGGAAAAGUCAUGAUAACUCUGAAACCUCAAGAGCUUCUAGCUGGAGCUGCAGGAUUCCUUACAUGCAAAGUUGCUGCAGUAAUGGCAUCUUUUAGAACUAUAGCCAUAGAUUGCAAAGAUCAUAAAAAGUGAUUUUUAAUUUGUUAUCUUAUAAUUUUAAUAUGAGAUCAUCUAAAUACUUGCUAGGUUGGCAGAUAGUACCCAUUGGAGUAUUAAUGACAAUCCAUCAGCUACUAAUUUGUUGAUGAGUCAAUUCUAUUAUUAGUUCCUAAUGGAGUCAUUCACUGAAUUCAAAUCAACUUUUUCAAAUGACCAAUUAAAUGCUUAAAUUUUUUAUUUA